GUUUUGUCGAUCACCAUAUGUGCUAAUUGCCGUGCCAAUCACACUCAAUAGCAAUGAAGACAUAUGCCGCGAUAUCUCAAUAUUUUCGGUUAUCGAUAAACUUCAAUACGGCAUAUAAUCCGUAUCCAAUCCGUCGGCCUCGCAGGUGGAUUUGACGGGCGUACUGUUUAUAAGUACUGUUUUUUUACUGACUGCGUCAGCUGUUGCAUUCAUUCGUACGUUCGUAUGCCGUUCGCUAAGUGCUUGGUUCAAUCUUCGUGGCCAGCGGUGAUUUAUAUUGUUUUCGUUGCAUCUCUUUCACCCGACAUCGGUCGGCGUUUGGGGCUCGUUUCUACGCCCUCCACACAAACACACAAACGCCCCCAACAAAGUGCAACACUUGCUCCCUCGACCAUGCUCGGAGCUGGGGAAACUAACACGGACGGUUCUUCUACUUUAUCGGCGCCAUCGACGUUCUAUCCUGGCGGGGAUGAUUGUUGUGUCCAUCGGCACAUUAACAACGUCACACAAGCGGGAACGACGUCCUUUUUUCGCGGAAGGUAGCGGAGAUUGAGGGUGAAUGGGGGGACGAUUAAAAAUGAAGCAGCAUUACUUCCUCACCACAAACCCGAUAAAGCUCUUUACCAUUGGGUGACCAUCGUUUUACUGUUUACGAAGAUAGAUGAGCGUGCACGUGGAAAUGCAAACAGGAUGACUACAGGACAUUCCUCAUGCACUACCCAUCCUGGAAAGUCGGUGUGGAACAGCAAUUUAUUGCAAGUCCACUGGAAAAUUGGAUAGGAUUGUCCUAAAUGAAUAAAUGAAAUCUCUAUGCAAUCCUGGUUUGUUUGUGGCAUCGGUAAGGUCAAGGAUAUGGUUUUACCGACUGUUGGUUAUUACGCGUUUGUAUGAUUUGAAUGUGGAUCUAUCUAUGAGUGAAAUUACCGGUGGAAAUGUAAAUGAGCGAAUGCUAAUGGGCUUUUACAUUCUUUGCGUUGGAUGCAUCUAUUCGCGCUUAACCUAAUACAAAUGAAUUUUCCUUUGCGCCCGGAAUAUGGAUAUGUUUUAUUUUAUUUUAUUUUUUUUUUUAAUUUUUAUUAUUUUUUUUAUUAAAAGACACCUAUUUCCUUUACCUUUAUGUUGUUAAAAUGGUGCAAGUAAAAAACAUUUUUUAUAUCCAUUUACAUUUACGAUUUUAUGAUCGAACAUAUACCCACUAUGCGAUGGCUCAGUAUGACAGGUUGCAAGCAACACUUGUAUGCAAGAAAAUGAGUUCGAUGCAAAAGAGUGUGAAAAGCCGAGGCAGUGGUUUGCUGUGCGAAUUCCGUCGUUUCAUUCGCUUUUUAUUUACAUUACUGAUUACAGUGAAAUGAUAUUUAAAUCUUCGUAGCUGAUAGUAUCGCUGUACUUUUCCUUUGAUUGUACGGUUUUGCAUUAUUCGGAAAAUGAUUUGUCUCAGUUUCAGCGUAAACUGAUGUCUUCCAAUGAACUUAGAUGGUGAUUUCAUGUUGGUGAAUUUGCUGGAAUCAACUUCUAGUGUAAAUUCCACCACCACGAUAGCCCCUAAAACCAAAACGGAUAAAUUUUUUAUGUUCUUUAAAUAGGUGUUCUGCGAUAAAGCGUUUAAAUUCAUGUAAAGAAGUGUGUACCAACAUCAAAUAUAGCUGUGAAGGAAACCUAACACGGGUACCAACAGAUCUGUUUACCAUCUAUUCACGUAGGCAAUCCUGAAACAGUUUACUAACGUGUCCUUAGCACAUUCAACUACCGAGAAGUGUUUCGGAAGGACCGUAAAGCAAUAACAUGGUUCGUAAACUGGUUCGUUUGUGUUUCCUUUUUUAUUCUAUCGCAGAAAAAAAAACAUCAUACCAUUGUGAAUUUCUUGAAAUUCCAAUCUUUGCCUAACGGGAACUUUGUAACGUUUAAGAUGAAAAUAUUUGUUUGUUAUAUUUUUCUCCGAAGUAUCUCGAGAUCAACAACACUACCAAUCCAAUCAAACAGUGACUUGCCUCAUUAAAAUCGUUUAGAAUAAACCGUCAAAAGUAGCAUGCCGAGGUCCAUGCCACCAUGUACCUUUAAGUGCAAUACAAAUCUAACGAAAUGGCACUAAGAAAAACCUGAAAAGGCUUGAGGAAUUAACUGAGGUUAAAGAGCCGGUCAAGAUCUUUGUUCAGUCCCGGCAUGUCCGUCGAAUGAUUGUGUCCUUGAAUUCUUGACUCAAAUUAAUUAUCAAUAGUGUUUGUCUUUAGCCACUGUCACAAGAAUGGUGGCAUGAAGAUGUCACAAGAGCAACCAAAGUUUUUUUGUUUUUCCAAUUUACGUUCCAUAUCAUUAGCCUCCAAUUUCUCAUGUCCUCACUACUUCUCGCGUGCGGCUUCCUAACAUCAGUUGUCUUCACAUCCAAUCAUCAUGAUGCGAUAACUGGAUGUCCCAUUUGUUGCGUUAAGAAAUGUGUUCCAGCCGGACAUCAAUGCCCUUGACUUGGGUGAAAAAGUUUCGAUGCGUGUCUUCGGACGUCGGAAACCUAUCCGGAACACAGGUUCAAUAUCGUCAAACCGGAAUGGGAAAACCUAACGCUCACAAUCACCACCGUAGUGGCAUGGGAAUUUGCAAUGGAGCUGAUGCGCAACAGCUUGCCAUCCAUCGCUCAAUCCCGUCUGUCUCGUUCUGGGUUAGGAAAUCGUCCAUUUCCUAUAAAUUUCAGGGGGUAUGAGGUUUAGUGUUUAUGUUAUGCUUUUGAGUAGGUGGAAUCGAGUAAGCUUUCGGGUAGGUUAUGUAAAGCUCCUUCACUUCAAAGGAGAAGGUUCAGCUCCAAAGUGUGGAACGAUAUUCAACCACGAUGGAAGAAGUUAUUUAGUGAAUACCUCUCCAGAGACAUUGAACGGCAGGGAUGAACGUCUGGGGAAGGAUUCGUUUGAUUUACUCGACCACAAAUCAUUCAAAAGUAAUCUAACGUAAUAUGAUUAGAGUUGGAAAAGUUAGACGGUUUAUUACCAACAUAUGGACUCAAUUGCCAUUAUACUAAGUAUUCUGGAGAUUGUAGGCUAUUAAUUAAAAUUUCCUUUUCGGCCAAUUCAUACAAAUUAAUUUCAUUCAAAUAGUGAUCACGUAACAUUUUUCAUUACAAACUACUUUAGUUCAAUUACAUCCAAUCUAUAAUGUAACAGAUUUACCAAUCGUGUUUACUUUUGCAGCACAAACAAGCGUGUUUAAUAUUUCAUGAACUUUUUUUUACCACACAUUCAUCCGAGACAGAGUUUCCUACGCUUAAACGUGUUGUGAGGAUGCUCCAGAAUUAAAUUAUCACCCAUUUUCCACACAAACCAUAUUCUUUUUCAGGAUAUUUUUCCAACUAAAAGCACACUCAGUCCCGUGAAUGGGUGAGAAUGAAGCGAAAUUCUCUUUAACCUAACUCUAUGUUAAGUGUACGUAAAGUGAAGGUAGAGCAUCAGUCUGUGUACAUCCUUUGGUUGAAAACUUCUCCCUUACUGUUACUCCCCACUGUCGCUAAAACGCUACUGGACGUUACCAAGGAGACAAGACGCCAGAUCCGGAGUUGUUUUUCUAAAAUGUGAUCGAUUGGCAACCGUUAACUUUACUCGCUCGAGAAACUAGCUUUGCCGCUUUUUUUGUACAUUCCAAUGCAAAGAGAGAGAUGAGAAUUAUGGAAGUUUUGCUGUAGGAAGUAACUUUGCUGCCAAUGUAAGUUCAUCACGAUUCAUUUGUGGACUUACAAUUUUCAUAUGAAAACAUUCCCUUCUUUUUUCGUUCGCUUUAAUCCAUUUUGCCGUUUAUUUUUCUUUUCCCAUGGACACUUGUGCACGUUAUCAUCAUUUGUAUUGCACCAUCUUAGCACCACGCGAUACGUGAUUUAAUUUUCUUAUCUGUUUGACCUUUCCGUUUUCUUUUCCCUUAUUUACAGAUUUGUCUUUUAGGCGAUUCUUUUAUCCUUUCGGUUUUGCUUUCCCGUUUACUUACCUUUAUUUUCUAUCCAUCACCAUCACACAUUCCCUUCUGCAUUCUGGAAAUAAUGAUUUAAUGAAUUAAUAUGCUUCCCAUUCCUUUAUUUUCACUACCCUUUUUUCCGCGGUUUAAUUUAAUCUAAUCUCAUUCGACUUCGUUAUUUUCUCAUCCAUUCAAUCUCACGAGCUUUGAAUGCCUUCCAUUUGUGCACUGAUCACUCAUUGUGGUUGUGGCUGUUACAUCUUUAUUCUUUUCCGCCUCAUCCAUCAUAAAGGUGAUUUCUUGGAUAUUUUCCAUCCUUUCUACCGUCUUGUUUCGAUUCAAACACCCACACUUCCGAUCUAAAGACGCACCAUUUUCUCAUUUGUUUUCAUCCACAACGAAUGUGUUUCACUAGAAGGACUUUCUAUUACGGACAAUGUUUCAGAUUUGCUUUGAUUCCCACUCUGUGUUUAUCUUGAAGUAUGCUAAUCAUGAGCGAAGAAAGAAGUUAACAUUUUUUGCCUUUUCUAAUUUACUAUGCCGGUGCCGGUCGAAGAAUUCUCCAGCGUUACAGUUCGUUAACUUUUGUCGGCAAGAAAAUGGAGAUGUGAAAGUGUCAUCCGUUCCAAGAGGCAAAGGAAAACAACACAAUCGAAAUAGAAAUAACAUUUUCAUCGAUUUGUGUUUACGUAUUAGAACAACAGGUCGUGGCGAUGGUGAUAGCAAUACAGCGGGCAAUACUUGAAGGCGCAAAGUUAGGUAACUUCUGCACUUUACGAUUACGAGUCAAGGGAGGAUCGUACAAUCUCAUACGAGAUGUUUGUAUAUUUCUGUACCACGCUUCAAUACGGUUGUCCUGGACGAUGAUCCGAAGCAUGACACCAUGCCAAUCGAGGAACUUGUGUAAAUUUGUACCGGAGAAAGGUAAUGAAACUUCUGUUGGAUCAAUGUCAGAUGGUGUUUGCAUCACUGAUAUGAAGCCUGCUAAACGAUUGAUCUUUGCUUUCUGUUUUUUUUGUGUGGUUCUCUUGUACGGUUUUCAAUAGACAGGAUGAUAGGAGAAUUUUUAAGGAGUUCGACUCUCGGCACCGUUGCCUGUCCCACAAUUGACAGUAUAGCGAGAAUGUAAGGAAAACCAUCUAUUCACCCGAUGCUGCGGUUAUUCAAAUUGACGUCUCAAAAGAUCUUCCCGGUGAUGGAAAAUACAAAAAUGCGCUAUCGUUCGCGACAACGCAAAGUGACAGCUUGGUCCACAAGAUUGAAGCAUUUUUUGGGUUUGAAGUAGAAUUCGAAACCAAGAACGUCUGGAAAGAUUUGAAGGCAAACUUUAACCGGCUCCUGCUUGUUGCUUUUUAACAGACUAGAUUGUGUUUCUGAUCUCUGGCAAAAUGCCUUCGUAAGGAAGUACUAGAAAGCUCCAGCUCAUGAUCGAUUCGAGUGACUAGAAGCUCUUGAAGCAAGCUAAGGGAAGAAUCCUUCAACAAACCCUUCCCAAUAGAGCCUGGAAAAGCAGAUGGAUGAUGUGGUUUUUGCGAAGUUAGUGAGCGGCUACUUCCGGUUUGCUGUAGUACCUUAACGCCGGCAAGAGUUUCGCAGGAGCAUCUUUGAAGGUUUCCUUUUUCUUGGAUGAGUGUGUCCUAAAACAAGGACACUUGUGCGAUUUGAUAGCGUGUUAUCAUGGUGCAACUCUUGCGAGAGAAGAAAAGUGAGAGAACAGUACAGAGUGAGCACGAUUGUGGAAUACACGUUUGGAAAAAAAGACAACCACCACACACGCGACCAUUGAAGUCCUUUGCUGAGCGAAUGAAAUGGAGCAGCAUCCACUCUCGCUCGGUUUGCUUCACACAAAUGCUUACAAGCACGAAGGAUAUCCGUCGGAGUAAUUUUCUCUCGUUCGGUUUCACUUGCACCGUGCGCAGUGCGGACGGUCGGAAAAAGUGAGGAAAUUCGUCACGAAGGGGGAGGGUCGCCCAACAAGCCAAGAGUCUGCAAAUGCUUGACUAUCGCUGGUGGCUGCUGUUGGUGCUAGAUAUUCGCUGACGCUGGACAAAAUUCAGUCAGUUUACGGUCACGCUUUCGCGCGCAAGGAUCGCAGUUGCUCAGGAUACGUUCAAGGAUCAUCCCCGGCUUGUCGACGUUCGUGUUACGCGUAACGAAGCGCAAACGAAAUUUGCUUCCAAACUUACUGAACCCUAUUUCCGUUUAAUCUGGUAGUGUGGUGAUUGAAGUUAGUUUACAUGCACCUUCAAAGGAUGUGUGGCAGGGCGGGAAAUUAUUAUUCCAAAAUGUUAUAAUUAUUCCAAACCAGUGUGUGACGAAAGUGGAUGGUAAGAGGUUGGAAGCAUCAAGUGGCUAACCGCAAAGACGUGAGCUGCUAGAAAAUUGAGCAGCUUUCACAUGCUGCCACUUCACGCGUGGAUUUAAACGCUUUCGUAUCAUUGAUUGUGCUCUCGGUUCGUGUGUAGCUGGUAAAGUGUUAAACGAUCGUUCCCAGCGUAUAUACCCGGGCAAGAAGAAUUUCUUCAAGUGACACCCAUCCUUAGUGGAGAAGCAAACUGAAGCAAGAAUAAGGCCGGAUCCAAGGAGCUUUGGAGCAAACUCACCGCAAACCCGGUUUAGCAGUAUGGAACCUCAGCUUCGUUAAUCCAUCCAUCGUAGAAGAAUCCUCUCGAAACACUGAAUGGAACAGAGCAGUGUGGAAGAGCUGGAACAGAAGCUCAUCAAUUGACACCUUCAGCAAACGACUUCAGAACGCGGUAAUGUUCGUGUAAUUAAAAGUGUGGGUACGUGAAAGAUUACCGAACGAACGGACGCGCUAGAAGGAAAAUAUUAGCAAACGCUUGUAACGAUUCCACGCCAACAAGAACGCCAGCGUCCAACGCGUACGCUUGCCGGAAAUGAACAGUCCACUGUUUAGAAUGUCGACCAACGUAUGGACCGUCGUUCUGCUGCUGGUUACUGGAUUUACGGUUGCCAACAGCAGUGCCAGCUACAACAUGGUGGAUCCUCAGCGUGUCCUCAGCAACGUUGGCAUUAGUCUCGGGGUGAGCUCGGGUGGAAGUAUGGCAACCGGAGGUACACUCAACGAGCUGGACACAGCACAACCGAAGCCAACGGAACUGCUGCGAAACAUCGCCGCCGUACCAUCCGUAAGCGUAUCUCGUGAAGAUACCAAUGACCUUACGUCAACAACACCAUCAGUGUACAACGAAACCAGCGGCAACGCCACUGACAACAGCGUCCUAUGGAGCAAAUACAUCGUCCGGUCCGGAUACGCGCUCCCGGUGGAUCCACUGUUUGUGGCCAAAAUCAAUCCCUUCUGGCUCCAGUUCGAACCACCGUCGGCCGGUGAACAUUACGGGUUGGCCGUGUUCUACUUCCUGAUGAUGCUGUUCGGCGUUAUCGGAAACGCGCUGGUGGUCUUUAUGUUCUACAGAUAUCGCUCACUGCGUACACCAGCAAAUUAUCUCGUUAUGAAUCUAGCUGUGGCAGAUUUCAUCAUCAUGAUGGAGGCGCCCUUGUUCAUUUACAAUAGUAUCCACCAGGGUCCAGCUCUCGGCUCGAUUGGCUGCACGGUGUACGCUUUGAUGGGAGCAAUUGGUGGUACUGUUGCGAUCGCUACACUGACAGUCAUCUCGAUCGAUCGUUACAAUGUGGUCGUCUACCCACUGAACCCGAACCGUUCAACGACCAAACUGAAGUGUUACAUCCUGAUUGCCUUCACCUGGGCGUACGGGUUAUUCUUCGCCAGCUUCCCUGCGCUUGAGAUUGGGCUUAGUCGCUACACGGCCGAAGGAUAUCUGACGGCAUGCAGCUUCGACUACCUAGACCGCACGUACAAGGCGCGUGUCUUCAUGUUCGUUUACUUCCUGUUCGCCUGGCUGCUACCGUUCGUGAUCAUCAGCUACUGCUACGCUCGGAUCCUUAUGGCCGUCAUCAAUGCGAAUGCUAUUCAGUCCAGCAAGAGUAAGAACAAGACGGAGGUUAAGCUGGCCGGUGUUGUGGUGGGCAUCAUUGGACUGUGGUUUGCCGCGUGGACACCGUACGCCGUGGUUGCGAUGAUGGGUGUGUUUGGGUACGAGCAAUAUCUAACGCCACUGAACUCGAUGAUACCUGCAGUGUUCGCCAAGAUAGCGGCCUCGAUCGAUCCGUACUUUUAUGCCAUGAAUCACCCUCGCUACCGGCAGAUGUUGGAGCGCAUGUUCUGUAACCGUGGUGCCGACCAGGGCAACUCGCAGUAUCAAACAUCACACUAUACCCGGGGUGCGUCGCGUGGCGGCGACUCUGAUGGUGGCGGCGAUGAAUCCGGUGGUGUCGGACGUGCCCCGGGCGGUGGUAAUACUGCUUCUGUGCGGGGUACCGGAAGAAGCGGUCGGCUAAUCACAGCCAAGGGUAUGGGCGGAAUGAAUGCCACCGGUGGUAACGGUAGCGGUGGUGGCGUUAAGGCACUCAAGAAGCAGCUCUCCAACGGCGAUGAAACAUCGCUCGAGGUAUCGCUCGAGAUGUAACAGUGCUGCCGGCGAGGAGUUCAGCUCCUUCGCGUAACGGACGACUACGAAAACAGUGCCUUCGUGUAGGGAUAGCGGUAGCGACAGAAACAAACAAAGAGUAACACGAACGACGAUGGUGGUAAUGGGAGAAUUGGCUGAAUGGAGGAAUGCUGUUGAGCGUCGUAAUCAUAGAAAAUUACCGGAAAACUGAUGGUACCGCUCAUUACAGUAACACGACAAGUAAAGCUCAUUGAAUGAAUACGGAGACGUAGAAAAUUGAGGAAGCAAAAGUGGAAUACAUUCAUCGUUUAAAAAAGACGCGUACGUACAUAAGGUUAAGAUUUCAUAUGCACGUGUCAAAUUGGCGUCAGCAGAUGGCUGAUAAAACUGACAAACGAACGUCGGGGUAAAAAAGUGAGAACUCAAGUCUGAACGUAAAAGGCGUAAUGAUUUCAUAGAAAUGUGUCGGCAGUAGACAGGAAAAACUAAGACCAAAGCCGUCUCAAGGGCACAGAUGAAGCAAUGUUCUUUAUCAUGCAUUCAUUUUUUCUGUUUCAGUGAAGUUGUUUUUCAGCUGCUUCUAAUCUAACAUUUACUAUACCCCACACUUCCUACACUUCGAUUGAAUGAGUUAAGAUAGUCGUAAAAUAACACAUUGUUUUUGGCAUCAUCGAACGUUGAAACGUUUUUUACGCCUGUUUUCCGUGUUCCUCGCUAAACUUUUCCAGCACAGAUUGAUUGUUGGUUACUCUUUCAUUCUACACGGCACUGUUGCCUACGUUGCGCUUCUUGUGAUAGGUUCCGGUUCGAAGGACCAAAACCAGAGAAGGGAGAAAAAGUGAAGCAAAGACACAUUGCUAGUAUCAAUAGUAUUUUCCGUAAAUCUAUUAUGUCUGUCUUCUUGUUUCGCUAUCCGUUAUUUAUCGACAUUUGUAAGAUAAGAGCGAGAUCGAUACAAGGGCAAUCUAGGGUGAGAUACAAGCGAAAAAGAGAGCGCAUACCGGUACGAAGAAUGUUAAAGAAAACUGCGUCCUUAAAUAGUACUUUGCUGAGUGUCGGUUUGGGAGCUUUCGGACGGCGCACUCAAGCGAACAGUGGCCAACCAGUAAAUGGUGACAGCCAUAGCGCCAUUGUGGUGUGACGAGGGUGCAAAACAUGAUUAAGUGGUUGUUUUUACCACCGUGUAAAGUUCCCCCGGAAGUUAUCAUGUUAAGUGAAAUUCGUAAAAAGAAAAAAAAAGAAUUAUGGUGGAACCGCGGUAAUCGUUAAGCUACUCUUAACCUUGGUUAAGGGUGGUGCAAAGUUCAGCUAAAAUCUGCCCCUUUUUUCGUCUGUCCACAAAGUAGUUUUUCCUUCCCACCGUCCGCCGAUUAACCCGUUGUGGUAAUGUUCGAAAUGGUUGCUUCUGUUGCUAGCCGGGAAAUAGUUCUUCUCGUACACGGCAAUUGAACCAACAACUGUGUACCGGCAACGGUCGUAAAUCUUGAUGCCAUCGCACUUCUGCUACGGAGUGGAAGCAUCUCAGGAGGCGACCUGUCGUGAGCUAAGGGCCAACUGUUGGAUGAAUAUUCAUUCCCUAGAGUUCGUUUAUCGAUUGAAGGAGACGCCAUCUGAUCCAGUCGUUUACGCGUCCUGUGUGUUCGGUGUGAGUUGUUACUUUUCACAUCUAUAUAUCUGUUAAAACACUAGAUCACAGAAUCACCGAAAAGAAAAGGCAUUGAAUACGAAAAAAUAGACCAUUAGUGCAAGGUGUGGUAAGCCGCCAUAGAUGUUAUAUUUUCCCCACGCAGGAUCAAUUAUAGAACAGUUAAUGGCACAUUUAGUAAAUGUCCAAACAGAUGCAGCUACGUAGGAUAACGUUACUCAAGAUGUCUUUGUUAUUAGAAUCUCACUACUAAGAAAACUCACGCCGUUAUAGGAAACGACGGGGUUGUUCCUCGGUGUAAGCUUUAAGUAUAACUCACAACGAAGCUUUAAGCGUACGUUAAAGCUUUUCCAACUGUGUCACACACACACAUAACCACACACAUCCAGAAUUUACAAAUGGCGUAAGCUUUCGGUGGAGAAAGCUUUGGGGAAAAUUUCAGCUUUCAUGAUUUUUUGUUUCUUCCAUCGGGUGUAACGUUGCGAUACGAAAAUAUCAGUGCAACAUGGAUUAACGAUGGAAUUGAAAAUGGUUUGCUGAAGGAAACGUUACUGAAAAAAUUGUGCCUUAAUUUUACCCAAUUGGCUGAACCUUUUUAAAACCACUAGGCUAGACAAACGACAGAUAAUGCAUUAUUUCAACCGAUAAACAAUAGCAGACUCAUUAACUACAAAUUUCACCAAUAUUUUUUGUUGUUGUUUAGCUGCAUUCAAUUCAAACAACAAAUACAAAUCACUUCCAAGACGCUAAGAAGAUGAUUAAGGAUCAAGAAAAUGAAUGCAAGGAUGAGAGAAUGAUAGUAAACGAGCUUAGAUUGAUGCAAGAGAGAAAUCGAAAGUAUAAAACUGAGGCAAAAGAAAGUACAAAGCGAUGGUUCGUGUGCAUGUUUGUUUAACCGGAAGCAUUUGGCGUCAAAGAAACUGUUUCACCACAUGUUCUAUCAAACUACUAAUAUGCAGAGAAAAGGAAAGGAUAACAAAAUCAGUGCAUGUUUUCUGUUACAAAACAAAGAAAAACAAAACUCUUCCAUAUACACAUCGAUGCUACAUAGCAGAGCAAACAAUACAAACCGAAAUAACAAGGCGUAACUGUUGGUAUGAAACCGAUAUUCAUUCAACGAAGCAAAGUAGUUUUUGCCAACAUUAUUAAAAGCAAACAUAAAUGUGUUGUUAGUGUUUAGUGAAGUUAUCCGAGAAAGUCAAUGAUAUAUUUAAAAAAUGGUUAAACGUGGACAGUCACAAAGCACUAAGCAA